AUGUCGAGUAUACGACCUACUCGUCUUCCGCCCCCGUCUAGGGCGGCCCGCCCCGUCGAACGCCUUGCUAGCCUGAAGAAUCCAUCCCCUUUGCGUCGCCCGCAGGCUAAACCAACCACACACCCGAAGACCAAGACUUGUCCGAACCCCGGGUGCCCGGCGCCCAAUAUUGUCGAAGAUGAUGGACAAAGGGUAUGCUCUGGCUGUGGUACUGUCAUCAGCGAGGCAAAUAUCGUUUCCGAGAUCACUUUCGGAGAGUCUUCCUCGGGCGCUGCAAUCGUUCAAGGUACCUAUAUUGCAGCAGACCAAAGCCACGUUCGGAGCACAGGACCUGGUUUUCAAAGAGGAGGAGGUAUAGAAAGUAGAGAAAUCACAGAACAAAAUGGAAACCGAUAUAUCGCGCAACUAUCCCGAGCCCUCCAUAUUCCCGAAAGUGCGUCCAAAGCCGCAGGGCAAAUAUUCAAGUUAGCUGUAGGGUUGAAUUUCAUCCAGGGACGACGGACCAAAACCGUCGCAGCUAUUUGCUUAUACGUUGCAUGCAGAAGACAAGAUGGAAAUACAGUCAUGCUGAUAGACUUUGCUGAUGUUCUUAUGGUAUGGCUCAUUUUUACUACACAACUGGAUUCAGACCUGACUAGUAUACAGAUCAACGUCUUCAAGCUUGGCCGUACUUACAAAGCUCUCCUGGACGAACUCCGCAUUGGGGGGAAUAUCUUUAUCAUGAACCCAAUAGACCCGGAAAGCUUAAUUUACCGAUUUGCAAAGCAGCUCGAAUUUGGCCCGUCAAUGAUGCAGGUGGCAAGUGAAGCUGUUCGCAUCGUGCAAAGAAUGAGCCGUGAUUGGAUGAUUACUGGACGACGCCCAGCUGGGAUUUGUGGCGCCGCUCUAAUUCUAGCUGCUCGCAUGAAUAAUUUCCGCCGUACCGUUCGAGAAGUGGUUUAUGUCGUCAAAGUCACAGAGCUGACGAUUAAUCAACGAUUGAACGAAUUUAAAGCGACCGACAGCGGAGACUUAACUGUUGAUCAGUUCCGUUCCGUUGAUCUCGAGACCUCCCACGAUCCCCCUUCGUUCUCUCAUUCGAAAGACCCAAAAAGGGCUCGCACCGGGAAAAAGCGCAAGGCCCCGGAGACUGCGGCUGAGAUUGAGGAUGAUGACGAGCCUAGCCAGACACCACCCCCUGAACGACCUCGUCGCGUUGACGCCGAUGGAUUUGCCAUACCCGAUAUUCCUGUCGAUCCUACGAUUCUCAGCCCUGAAACUGAGGGUAGCGAGCUAUCAUCGGAUCCCAAUACCGUUUCUAGUGAUACGGCCAAGGCUGGACGACGUAAAACUAGCAAUGCACCUCUACUUCCUGAACCCACAGCUGCUGAACUAGCAUCCGAGUCUGCUCUAGAAAGUGAAAUGACUGAACUUCUCUCUUCCGGUUCUUCUUUAGUUGCUAGUGCAGAAGUGCCAAAGACAAAUGGACGAGUCCCAGAAAAUUCCCCGGCCAACUCCCCAACCAAACCUGUUCCAGACACCGAAGAAAUUGAUCCCAUGGAGUUUGACUCUGACCCCGAAGUGCGAUACUGUCUCCUUUCUCCUGAGGAAGUAGAAAUCAAGGAACGUAUUUGGGUCCACGAAAAUAAAGAUUACCUUCGUGAUCAACAAACCAAAGCUCUUAAACGCGCACUCGCAGAAGCAGAUCCAUCUGCGGCGGGCUCAAGUCAUAAACCGAGAAAACGGCGAAAGGGCCGGAUGGGAGACGUCACAUAUUUGUCCGGCGAAGGGCCUGAUGGUGAACGAACGUCCUCGCGUGCUUCUACACCUGCAGAAGCCACCCGGCUUAUGCUUGAGCGUCGUGGCUUCAGCAAAAAGAUCAACUACUCACUUCUUGAAAAACUAUACGAAGACGAUACCGAGAUCAAGCGGAAGGAAAGCGAGAGCGAAAGUGCUCGAAGCCGCAGUCGCACCCGCAGCCGCAGCGUGAGUAUUUCCCGGAGUAUUCGAAGCUCGAGCGUUAUAUCGGAACGCGGUUCGGCUUUCCUGGGUGGCUUCAGGCCAUCGACGACACGCUCCAGAGCGGUUAAAGCCAGGCAAACAUCCUCGCCAGCUGUUGCUGUACCGCCCAGGAUGAGCGCUACUCCCGAGCCGGGCAGAGCUCCACUGCCCACACCGCCCUCAACAAAGAUUGUACCAGCCGCACCCGAGCCAGAACCGGAGCAACCGACAAACCCUAACGAGGAGAUUCUGGGAUACCUACCCGAGACAGCGCCCCCCACCCAGCAUAAACUGGGUGAUGAAGAAGACUAUGAUGAAGAGGAAGAUGACGAUGAGGAGGAGGAGGAUGAUCGUGUUGAUGAUGCGUUUGCAGGGAAUUAUUAUGACGAGGGGAGUGAUGGUGGCUAUGGCGAUGAUUACUAA